AUGUCUCACCAAGAUGCUCGCACCAAUGUGCUUUUUGUCUGCCUAGGAAACAUCUGUACGUCAUGCGCCACGACCAUUACGAGUCUCUCGUCGCUAACCCCUCCAGGUCGCUCUCCAAUGGCUGAAGGUGUAUUCCGGGACUUGGCAGCUACCCACCCCUCUAUCGGAGAGAUCGACUCGGCCGGCACAGCCGCCUACCACAGCCUCGAACCCCCCGACUCCCGCACCAUGUCCACUUUGCGCCGUCACGAGAUCACCGAGUAUGAACAUGCGGCUCGCAAAGUGACCCGGGAGGACUUCCUCACUUUCGACUACCUGCUUGCCAUGGACAAGUCUAAUCUGCGCGAAUUGCUGGACACUCGCGACUCUGUCAUCGCAACACUGCAGAGGAAGACCGAUAACAAGCCAAGCUCAAAGAGUACCCGCUCCCAUGUGGACGCUGCAAUUGGCGCCUACAGUCCUGAUACCAAGGUUGCUGAUGUCCGCUUGUUUGGUGACUUUGGCAAGGGUGGUAAGCUGACGGACCGUGUUGGGGGAGGCGAGGUGGUGAAAGAUCCCUACUAUGGAGGUACCAAUGGCUUCGAGGAAGUAUACCAGCAAGCUGUGAGAUUCUCCCGGAACUUCCUGGAUCAUGUGGAACAGAGGGCGGCUUCAGAGUAA